GCUGUGCUUUGUAAAACAGAGACAAGGAAGCAUACUCUGAGAACCUGCAGCAGCUCCGGAUUCCAGCCGCCUGCACUCCAUGCCAGAACGACCAACUGGCCAUGCAGGUUACACUGGCUCUGACCGUCUGGGUGGUUUCUGUGGUCUCCAGUUAUUCCUAUUCAACAAAGAGUCUGCCAGAUAUCGACAAUGAAGCAUUUAUCAAAGACUGUGUUCACAUUCAUAACAAGUUUCGAUCAGAGGUGAAGCCAAGAGCCAGUGAUAUGCUAUACAUGACUUGGGACCCAGAACUAGCCCGGAUUGCAAAAGCAUGGGCAAAAAAUUGUAAGUUUGACCAUAAUGAACGGCUGAAGCAACCCCACAAGCUGCACUCAAAUUUCACUUCACUGGGAGAAAACAUCUGGACUGGGUCUCUCCAAAUAUUUUCUGUUUCUUCAGCGGUCACAAGCUGGUACAAUGAAAUUGAAUACUAUGACUUCAAGACUCGGAAUUGCAGGAAGGUCUGUGGCCAUUACACUCAGGUUGUUUGGGCAGAUAGUUACAAAGUUGGCUGCGCAGUACAAUAUUGUCCUAGAGUUUCUGGCUUUGAAAGUCUUUCCAACGGAGCACAUUUUAUAUGCAACUACGGACCAGCAGGAAAUUACCCCACUUGGCCUUAUAAAACAGGAUCCACUUGCAGCGCCUGCCCCCAGAAUGACAAGUGUGUGGACAAUAUGUGCAUUAACCCACAGCGAGACAAAGUCUCACGUUACUACUCUACUGUGUAUCCAGACUGGCCGAUAUAUUCACGUAACAGAUCCUUAUCUCUCUUUCUCAUUGUCAGUCCACCAAUACUAAUACUGAGUGCUAUUAUUACCAUUUUGGUCAAGCACAAAUAUCCUCAUUUAGUUCUUUUGGGCUAAUACAACUACGAAAAGUUUGCAAAUUCAUUACAUAUGACUUUUUUAAAAAUGACAUUUAGGUGUAUCUCUAAUUUCAAUUCAUUCCAGGGGGGGAAAGAAAAACAUUGCUGCAGUAAAGCCAUAAUCAAAAGCAGCAGCUGCUCAACAUCCUAACUCUGCAGGAUAAACUCAUGUUUGCUUUCCACUCUUCUAUGAAUAAGCACUGUUUUCAGGCUGCCACAGCUGUGACUUUCAAUAAGUAACGUAAAAUGAGUGAACUAGAUUCAGGUGAUUCUAAAUAAGUCCACUGGCCUUCAGUAGUAAAACAUUUCUACAUAACUUGUUGCAUGCUGACUCAACUCUAAAUAUCUGGUUUUACCCACUUGCAAUUUGAUGUCUUUCUGGGUUAUCACUUCCCCAAACUUAGAAUUCAAUGGUAAUUAAGGGAUUUGACUUACUAGGCCUUGCUUGUUUUGCCUAGAACAAAAGAUGAAAUGAGAUGCCUUACAAAAAGGCAUAAGCCUAAAUACUUGUUAUCAAUAGACAGAGCACUAAGAAAUCUGUAUUUAUUUUCCUCAAAGCAAAAUGCUGGGGCAUAUCUGUAUUUAAAGACUAACCAAAUGGCAUCAUUUGAUUUGAUGGAUAAUUACAACAGCCACAUUUCAAAAUCUUUAUAUACACAACCUAAAGAAAUAACUCCUAAAAUCAUGCUAAACCAGGCCUGCCUGGAACACAGCACAUGCAAUGUAUACAUAGAUCCACCACUCUGUAGUACAAAAUUUUUCAAAAAACACAUGGAGAAAAUAAUUUGUUUAUAAAUAGCUGUAUAUGUAAACAUUCAUAAAUAACAAAACUCAGAAAAAAUUAGAGUAUUACUUCUUAUACAUAAGGCACCUAAUGCCCUAGUAUCUCAAAGUCCUUUACAAAAGGUUAACUUGGCAAGUUCUAGUUGUUUUUGUGUAUAUUACUUUUCGUGUUUCCAUUUUAAGCUUAACUUCUUCAGCUGUAAGACCUCCCAGUUUUUUUGUGUGUGUGAAACUCUCUGGUUGUGUCUCUAUUUGUGCAUGUAUGGUUGUGUCUGUAUUUGUGCAUGUGUAUCUACCUCCAGAAAUUUAAUAGAAUUUAUAUAAAGAGCCCUGUUUAACUGGUUUAAAGAAAUUGUUUACAUAAAUUUCCCAAAUGCUUUUCAGGUUCACAUAGUCUGAGAAAUUAUUUAAUAUUAAAGUUAAUUUAACUUUGUUGGUUUAAUUAAAAGACAUCUUUAAAGAUAGCAACAUUUAAUAUUUUUUAUUUCAUCUGGAUUUACAAAAAUACGUUUAUCUCUGUUAGUGUUAAAAAUUCUAAAUAAUGUGGAAGGAACUGAUGUGUGUUUUCAAUAAAAGAUGGAACAAG